CUGAGAGCAACAGUGAGCUGCCGACAUGGCUCUCUGUGUUUGAGGAUUAAUACAACUUCACAAAGAUCAUCAGGUUUUUUCCUCUAACAUCACUUUAACUUAUACAGUGUAUGACCAUGUCAGCUGCAAGCUGUGUGCUGUCUGAAGAGCAGUUUUUGUGCUGCAUCUGUCUGGAUGUUUUCACUAAUCCAGUCACUAUACCAUGUGGACACAACUUCUGCAAAAACUGCAUCACACAGCACUGGAAUGUCAACAGUUCUCAGUGCCAGUGUCCCAUGUGUAAAAAACAUUUUAAAACCCGCCCUGAGCUGCCUGUCAACACUUUCAUAUCUGAGAUGGCUGCUGAGUUUAGACAGUCAGCUGGAAAGAAAAGCAGCAGGGACUCAGAGGUACAAGUCGCCAAACCGGGAGAAAUCCCCUGUGACAUCUGCACUGGAACUAAACUAAAGGCUGUGAAGACGUGCUUGACGUGUUUCGCCUCCUACUGCGGUGUUCACCUGGAUCCUCAUAUGACAGCUGACCCCCUGAAAAGACAUUCGCUGACUGAUCCGGUGGAGAACAUGGAGGCAAGGGUGUGUACAAAGCACAAAAAAACACUGGAGCUGUUCUGUAAGACUGACCAGAUGUGUGUGUGCUCGCACUGCACUGUUACAGAGCACAUGGCUCACAACAUUGCUUCUCUGAAAGAUGAAUAUGAAGCAAAGAAGGCAGAGCUGGAGCAGGCAGAGGCUGAAAUCCAGCAGAUGAUCCAGGAGAGAAAGCUUAAGAUCCAGAAAAUUGAACGCUUAAGAAUGCACAGUAAGGAAGAUGCAGAGAGAGAGAUAGCAGACGGUGUUCGUAUCUUCACCAUUCUGAUGCAGACUGCAGAAAGAGACCUGAACGAGCUUAUUGAGAAAAUUGAAGAGAGGCAGAAGACGACAGAGGAACAGGCUGACAGCUUCAUCAAAGAACUGGAACAAGAAAUCUCUGCACUGAUGAAGAAAACUGCUGACAUGCAACAGCUCUCACGUACACAAGACCAUCUUCACCUUCUGCAGAGCUUUGCGUCCAUGAACACUGCUCUGUGCACCAAGAACUGGGCAGAGGUCAGCUUUCGUCAGCCAUCAUAUGAGGGAAUUGUGGUGAAAGCUGUGACUGAGCUGGAGGAGACAUUCAGCAGAGAGAAGCAGCAGCUACUUCAUCAGGCCAGGCUGAAAAGGGUCCAGCAUUACGCUGUGGAUGUAAUUCUUGAACAUCACACAGCGAAUCCCUGGCUCGUCCUGUCUGAUGAUGGGAAACAAGUCAAGUGUGGUGAGAUGAGGAUGAACCUGCCAGAUAACACAGAAAGAUUUUCUCUUUAUACCAAUGUCUUGGCACAGCAGAGUUUCUCCUCUGGAAGGUUUUACUAUGAGGUUAAGGUAUCAGGGAAGACUGACUGGACUCUGGGAGUGGUCAAAGGGUCAGUUGACAGAAAGGGAAUAAUUCCACUAAGCCCUGUGAAUGGCUACUGGGCUGUGGGUCUGAGGAAUGGAAACGAAUACCUAACUUUUGCCAGCCCCGUUGUCAGCCUCAGUCUGAACUUGAAGCCUCAGAAGGUGGGGGUGUUUGUGAGUUAUGAGGAGGGUGUGGUCUCCUUUUAUGAUGUAGAUGCUGCAGUUCAUCUUUACAGCUUCACUAACUGCUGCUUCACUGAGAAGCUCUUUCCCCUCUUCAGUCCUGGUCUUCAUCAUGGUGGCAUGAACUCCACCCCUCUGAUAAUUUCACCUGUUGACCACACUGAUUAGAUUUGAUCGUUAAUUUUGGAAAAAGGGGGAUUCUUAUGAUUUAAGAAGAGGAAGUCAGUGGAUCAAAGUGGUAUUACUAUAAAGCGAUACUUUAUCAAAUUUCAUCCAGCUUUGUAUCGUAACAAUGUGGGUUAUAUGUGUAAAUGAACUAUGUUAAACUUCUCCCUGCAAAUUUGUUAGGGAAAAUUAGCCACGUCUCUCCCUCUCAAUUACUUCCUUAAACUGUACUAUAUAUUUCUUACCUAAGAUGUUUUCAGAAACAUACUUUAGUGUGCUGUUUAGCUGUAAUACAAAAAUUUGCGAUCAGGAAGUGGACUUCAUACUAUUUCCUGUACCUUGGAAACAGAACCUGGAAAUACUGAGAUCAAACUGUAAAAUGAGGCAGUGCUGUUUAGCUUGUUUCUUGCCUGAAAUGUUUUCAGAAAUGCAUUUUAGUGCACUGUUUAGCUGUAAUACAAUAAUUUGUCAACAGGAAGGUGGUGCCACACUGUGUCCUGUAUUGUAAAGGAAGGCUAAAAAAAAAAAAAGAGUUUAAACAGUUAACUAAACAGUGCUGAUCAAAUAUAAACCAAUAUUUGGUUACUGUUUUGAUUAUUUGUUGCUUCAAAGGUUUUCAGAAACAUAUUUUUUGUGCACUAUUAAGCUGCGGUAGGAGAGUUUGUGAACAGGUAAUGGGUGCUAUACCAUUUCUAGAGCUUAGAUUCUCUGCCAGAGCCCAAGCCCGGCCCGACCCGGCCCGUGGGCCCAGGCCGGGUCCACAGAGUGCACAGAUGGAGUUACAGCUAAGUUGUUGUUUGUUGGUUGUUUUGGCGUGGUUACGGCCAACAGUAACCUGUACUGUUCAGUAAUAAACGGUGGUUUAAUUGCAGAAUAACCGCGUUAUCCUUUCCACACGUCCUGGCGGACGCUACAAUAUUAUAGAAAAUAAAAUGAAACCACACUUUGUAUGACACAUAAAGUUACAACAAACUUAGUUACAAUGUUGCAACACUGUGCACGCACAGCCCUUCACCACCUGGAUCCUAAAAUAAACACUUGUUUUAUUACGUAAUCAUGCUUCCAUGUUGUGCCAUUCAUUAAGAUCCUAUGUUUCUGUCAUUCAAAUAACAAGACUUGUGGUUUAAUACUCUUAAUUAUAACAGCCAACUUAUUGAAAAAUGCCGGGUUUAAAUCGGGCUCGGGCCCAUAAUUACAGUUAAUUGGACGGGCCAGGCCGGUCCCGGACAUAACGUGCUCGGGCCGGGUCGGGUUGGGCUGGAUUUUUUGGGCCCGAUCUAAGCUCUAACCAUUUCCUGUACCGUGAAAAGCAAAUGCCACAGCCCUUUUUUCUGUUUUCUCUGGUCAUGUAGUACUAAUCUAAGGUGUAUGAGUCUUUUUUCUGCUUAGACAGCCCAGUUUUAUGAAAAGACCAUCUUUCCAGCAGUGAAAUAACUUUGUUGUCAGCAGAGACAGGGAGACAAACAACAAGUAAUCACAACCUUAAUUAACUAUCAGCUCUUUUUUAGGUAUGAACUAUACUCACUUGUUCAACAGACUACCAGGGUCAUGUUUUUGUCUAAUAUUCACUUUGAGUUGGUCUGUUAUUUAUUUUUUAGGAUAGCAGGAAAGGGCCCCUAUCAAUGUGUCUUGCCCUAGAUUUAUAUUUUCUUUAAUUCUCUGCUGUCUCUGUGUGAGAUUGUUCUUGUCCUUAUUACUAUCAACUAUUAGUAAUAAGGACCAGAAUAGGUGUAGAUCUCAGAUAUUGGUUAUUGGUGAUUGAAUGUAGUGGGUAGUUCAUUGUAGUGGGUAUACUGUGAUUUACUGUAAGCAACAAAAGACUUUAAUAGUAGGGGAGAUUUAAAUGCUUUGGACUCUCAACUGGUUGUACUGUUUUCAUAGUCCUUUAUCACUUUAUACUGUUUUGUUAUGUUCACAUUAUUUGUUUUUUUUUUUUAUCUGACCUGUUGCAUAUCUUUUUUGUUUUCAGGGAAAUCUGCUCUAUAGGAGUAUGAGUGGAUAAGGUAUUGAGUUAUGAUUGAGUUAUUUCUAAAAUACUGCUCAUGUAGUAUGUAUAAACAAUAUGAUCAUGUGUCUCAUAUGCUAGGAUAGAUGAAGUUUCUGUGAUGACAGUCAUAUCAGCUGUGUUUUGAGGCUGAGAUACUGUAAAUCAUAUAAAGGUAAGCAAAAACUGGUGUAUUUAAUUCUGACUACAAUAAUGCUCUCAAUAGAAAAAAUAAAAAGGUACACAAAAGUUGCUCAAAUGUUCAUUGGUGUGUCAGGUCAGGUCAUAUUUUUACUUGAAGCCCUUCCUAUGCUGAGUCACUGUGUACUACAUUUUAUAAGGCUCUACUCAGCAGCUGAGAAGCAAGACAUGGGAAGUUUACUUGGUUUUGAGGAACCAACAAGCUCAAUGUGUCCUCAUACAACAGUUCGUAUGGUAUUUAAACAAUUAGCCCCCAGGAAUGACGUUACAUACUUAAUGUGAAGUUAAUGUGGUCAGGUUUAGGAAAAGGCAAAGCGAGGCAAGUAUAUUUACAUAGCACAUUUCAGCAAAAAGCAAUUCAGAGUGCUUUAUAUAAAACAUUAAAAGCAUCAAGACAAGGUGCAAAAGAAAAACUAAAUCAGACAUUUACAAAUAGUUAAUUCAAUAAAAGGUUAAAAUAUACCAAGACAGGUACAAAAUACAAAAAUAAAAUCAAUUGAAAUACUUGACAGUGCAAUGUAAGAAAUGGACAAAUUUGAUUUAAUAAAAGGCAGUGGCAAACAGAUAAGUCUUCAACUUAAAUGUAAAAGAAGUGAGAGUUUUUUCCAGAUAUGUGAUGCAUAAAAACUAAACGUUGCUUCUCCAUGUUUACUCUUGACUCUGGGGACACAAAACAGUCCUGUCCUAGAAGACUUGAGACAUCUGGAUGGUUCAUUCCGUAGCACAAGGUUAGAAAUGUAUUCAGUGCUUUGUAAAUCAACAGUAGUUUUUUGAAAUCAGUUCUGACGGACAGAACGCCAGUGUAAAGACCUCAGAAAUGGAAAGAUGUGAUCUACUUUCUGGGUCUUUGUGAGGACUCAAGCAGCAGCGUUCUGAAUCAGUCGCAGCUGCCUGGUGGAUAUUUUAGGAGACCUGUGUGACAGCUCCUUGGCCUCUGACCUACUUUGUUUGGUUGCCUGGGAUCUGGGGAAUGGCUCAUUAGGAGAGAUGGCUGACACCUGAUUUGGUGUGAAUGCUCACCUAUUUAUAUUGGGGCCUGAGCAUUCACUCUCCCUCUCCUCUUUGAGUUGCUGGGUUUGUUUGAUCUUGGGUUAUUUCGUUUUUUGUUAUCUUACAUCUAAACACAUUCACACACUCACACAUUUCAGACAUUACUGAUA